UGCAACGUUGCUUGCCCGUCUAAUCAGCCUCACCGGGGGACACCGCCAACGUAUCCAAGACAUUGUUGGCACUAGUGUACAGCGAAAUGCGGCAUACAAGCCGACUGAUUCGUUGGUCAUCGAGUGUCUCAGGGCUGACAGAAUGGACACAGGCGAAUCGGCGGUUGCUCAUGACCCACCCGUGGCGAAGUACAACGAGACAUUCUUUACCCCAUUAGGAGAAAACCCUGGCCAAGACCGCCCGCCAAGGGUGGCGUCCCAUCCCGUGGUGGGCAUUGCGAUGGUAGCUAGGCAUCAUCCACGCCCAGAGGGUAGGAUACUUAAGAUCCUCAAGCCUUUAUGGGUCCGAGCCUCUCACGAUCACAAUUUGUCCCGUAGACUUCAUAUUACUCUAUUUGACAUCGUUUCUACUCCAUGUUCCGAUAGGGCAAGAGAUUGUCUGCAACCAACUACAUUGGACGGAUCCACGCAUCGGCCCCAAAUGUCGUCAACAACCUUAACCGUAACGGGCCCCGCAUUGCCUCCUUCGUCACCGGAAGCUCCUGAACGUCACCGUUGUUGGGAAUGCCUUCGGAGACGUCUAGUUUGUGACGCUACCAAACCGAUCUGCAACAAGUGUCGAGUGGCAGGCAUUGUUUGCCCUGGCUACGACGAUAAGAAACCGCUCACUUGGCUGGCACCUGGCAGGGUUACCUGCCGCACCCGCCGCAAGCCUCGCAGCACAGAAAAAGAAAGCGGCCUUGGGAAGUCCGUUAAGGCAAAACAGAAGACACUAGCGAAGGGCAUGGGAAGAAUUCUAAGUGAGAAAGAAAAAGAGAUGUUCAAGGGCGUUGAAUGCCUCUUCCACUCAGAUCUAAGGACGGACGUGUGUGACGUCUAUGAUGCCGUUCAAUACUACAAUCAGGUUUUCUACCCGUACACUAAAGCUGGGCACACGGGGAAUGCGAACGUUUACAUUGGUGAGAUACCUUUGAAGGUUGUCAAAUACUUGCCGACGGCCAUUGCACAUAACCUAGUGUCUAUUGCGUAUCAACAUCGGAUGCGUGUCCAGAUGGACUGGAAAUUCGACUGUCCUUCCGCGAAACAUGCUCAAGCUCGGCUGCAUCACCACCGGGGGAUUUCUAUCCGGGCCCUUAACGAAGACAUCGCCAACGAGAAGACACAGAGUACCGAUGCUGUACUUACAGGUGUCAUUCUACUGCUUGAGUCGGAAAUUGUAUCAUGCAUAUCGCCAAAUUGGAAACACCAUGCCUCUGGACUUCUCGCCAUGCUUGCAUGUCGCGGUGGUGCGACAGGAUGGAACAAGUCCUCGAAACACUUGAGUCCCAUGCUUCUAGCAUUUCUGAUAUCGAUGAUAGCUGCAAAUACAACGAGCCCAUCCUUCGAUCAAGUGGUCAUCUGUCCUCAUGAAGAACUCAUGGAUUUGGUAGAAGAAUUAUACCCUCUAGGGUUGCACCCAUACUUACCCUUUCCAAUGCCGCUUUUUAUGGAAAUGAUUCGGAUCAACCAUCUCCGAUUGCAGACCUCAACUGGGCUGAUGAGCAAAGAAACAGCAAGAAUCACUGCAUACGAGAUCAUCAACAGAAUUGAGAGCUUCAACCCAGAGACCAGUGGUGGUUUCUACGCAAACAAGGAAUUAAAUGACAUGGUUGAGUUCAUGUAUCAAUCCGCUGUCGCCAUCUUCUGUAUCUCCUCCAUGCAGAGCCUUGGAAUCCUUCCCAGCACACACCACCUUGCAGUUGUAAGAACUGCACACAGCGACAGACUGUACUAUUUAUUGGAGAAGGCGGAAAAAUAUGAAGUAUUGAAGAAGUCAAUUCAGUGGCCAUUAAUCGUUGCGGGUGUUGAAGCGGGUGUAAGGGUAGACAAACGGCGACUUGUAGGAGAACUGUUUGUGGGCCAGGGUAAAGACAUGGGCUCACCGCUCUCUGUACACGCUAAAGGGAUAAUGCGCAGAUUCUGGGAUAAAGACGACACAAAUUGGGAUACUUGCUUUGACCAGCCUUACGCGUUGGUAUCUUAGGGUUUUAGGAGGCGGAAAGCCACAGCUGCGGAAUACAGAACACCAUAGUUCAAAGUCCAAACCAGACGUUCUUUUUCAGAGUCCCCC